UCGAUUUCUGACGUGAGCAAGUCAUGUUUACAAAUUUAUAAAUUCGAGGUGUACAUCGUCAUUGCCUACUUUAAUUUUAUUUUCUAUCAGUGAUUGCACACGAUCAAGUGUUCGAUGGAAAGUUGAGAGAAAACAUUGAGGUUAAAAGACAUGGAUAUAACAUGGGGCAGCAUGCAUUUGCCAUUCAAAUGUGAGAUUUGUCAUGAAUCAUUUGAACUGGAAACGGUGCUCGAUCACCACAACGACUCAAUACAUAAUCAAAGAACAACUUUUGAAUGUGAGAUUUGUCACAAAUCAUUUGUACUGGAAAGUGAGCUUGAACGUCACCAGGACACAGAACAUAAUCAAAGCCAACUCCUUAAAUAUGAGAUUUUGAAUGGUUUUUUGGACCUGGAAAAUGAGCUCGAACAUCACUACGACUCAGUACAUAAUCAAAAACCCUAUGAAUCUAAGAUUUUAGAUGAUAUAUUGGACCUAGAGAGUGACCUCGAACGUCGCAAGGACACUGUUCAUAAUCAAAGCAAACCCUGUGAAAGUGAGAUUUAUCCUGAUGCGUUUGGACACGAAAGUGACCUCAAGGAUCACAAUAACUCAGAAUAUAAUCAAAGCCAACCCUUCGAAUGUGAGAUUUUUCCUGAUUCAUUUGGACAGCAAAGUGACCUCGAGAGUCACAAGGACACAGACCAUAAUCAUAGCCAACCCUUUGAAUGUGAGACUUUUUCUGAUUCAUUUGGACAGCAAAGUGACCUCGAGAGUCACAAGGACACAGACCAUAAUCAUAGCCAACCCUUUGAAUGUGAGACUUUUUCUGAUUCAUUUGGACAGCAAAGUGACCUCGAGAGUCACAAGGACACAGACCAUAAUCAUAGCCAACCCUUUGAAUGUGAGACUUUUUCUGAUUCAUUUGGACAGGAAAGUGACCUCGGGGGUCAAGAAGACACAAAAACCUUUGAAUGUAAUAUUUGUCAUCGAUCAUUUGAACUGCAAAGUGACCUCAAGAGUCACAAGGACACAAACCAUAAUGAGGAAAAACCCUUCGGAUGUGAUAUUUGUCAUAAGUCAUAUGGCCGCAAGGAUCGUCUCAAGGAUCACAUAACAACGGUGCAUUAUCGAAGCAAACUCUACGAAUGUUACAUUUGUCAAAAAACAUUUUCAUCCAAGGCUUACGUCGAUAUUCACAUUGAUUCAGUACAUAAUGGUAACAAACCACACAAGUGUGAAAUUUGUCACAAAUCAUUUGGAUACAAGAAUGUACUU